CGGCGCCUAGUGCUACAUGUAGACCCGACCUAUCUCGAGAAGGCGUUGGAGGAAUUCUCAGAUAUGGACAGGCGCUAUCUGACUCAUCUCAGUGCACGAAUGCGCACGAACCUCCUCGCAGAUUUCGGCUUCCUCCUCGCGCGCGAUGACAUCCUCAAGCGCGUCGAGCACCUGGUCAUCCAGAGCCUCUGGACGCCUAACUUGGCGUCCGCGGCGGGCUUCAAUGCCCGACGCGAGGCGCAUAGUACAUUCUUCUCGCCGAUAUGGAAGCAGAUCGAGGCUACCUUGUCCGCCGUGACGAACCUGCGCGAGUUCAAUAUCGAGAAGAUCGUUAUCACGCAGAACAUGAUCCAUGCGAUAGCGUCGUUGCGCGGGCUACAGACACUCAGCAUACAUAACUGCCCUGUCUACCAGGUCGCGCCAUGGGAGAUGCCCCCACCCUCUCGACCGUAGUGAACCUGAUUUUAUUCCCGCAGAAUGUCCCAGGCGCAGAGAUGCUCGAGAUGAUCGGGCUGGUCCCCAACGUCCGCUCGCUCACUGUCACGGGCCUCCCAAGGUGGCCCUGCACGCUUCCGAUCGACGACUUCCGCAGACAGUGCAACCCUUUCCGCGUCGUGGAGCGGGUCAACUUCAGCCACAUCGACAAUGAGGAUGUCUUUUUGCUGUUCAACUGGAUCCGCGAGGCCGCCGUCACCGCAGAGCACGGCCUGCGGAUCACGCACCUCCGACUCGAGCUCAAGUACGGCCUGCAGAGGGAUGAAGUCUUCCAGCUUAUCGGCGCGCUGGAGGGCGCACCGCUCCGGACGCUCGCCCUCGAGGGCAUCUCGUACGUCGAGGCGGACCUUUUCACGCACCUCGCGGAGGCGUUCCCGAACCUCAGCGCGUUGACGCUUAUCCACCGGCAGAACACACCGCAGAGGGCGAGCAGGCCGAGUCGGUGGCCCGACGCGACGUGGGAAUACGCGGCGCGGCUCGCAGCGUUCCCUUGCCUGCGACACUUCAUGUGGAACUUCGACCUGCGGCCGCUGCAGUGCAGCACAACGUUCGACCUGCCGUACGCGGAGGCAGGCUAUCCUGCGACGACGGGGCAGGAGCUGUACAGGCACUUUGAGGAGAACUGCUUCGAGACCGCGUGGGACAUCCUGCCGCGGCUGUUCUGCGCGUACUGCCCGACGCUCGAGGCGCUCAUCUUCUCAAUGCUGGACGUAGUGUUGCUGGAGUUCACGAUGGCGCGGUCUAAGACGGGUAAGCUGGUCGUGCAGGUGAACGGGGAGCCCGGGCAUAGUGAUCUGUGUGUCAGUAACAACCCGAUCUGGCCAACGAACACGAGCUUUGAGAAUCCGUGGCAUGUUCGGGGACGUCCGCUGCAAAGACCAUGAACCUGAAGCAUCAGGAGACGACACGGACUAUGGAGGUUGUUUGACUUAUAUACUCAUGAUCA